UCUGCUUCUUGAAAUUGUUAACCGAACAUUGCCUCCAUUCUCCAAUAGCCAGCAAGAGCAGAAAUCACUGGGUCAUAGUUCUCCUAAAUAUUCAGAUUCAGUUAAUGAAACUAGAUCAGCCUGACAACUGCCAGCUGGAGACCAGCAGGAUCCCCUCCAGAAAAUGACAGCAAGUUUCCUCUUGGAAUUUGUGCAGUACCGGCAACUGUUCCAAAUGGUGAUUGUAUUAGGAAUGAGUGGAACCCUCCUUAUUGGCUUCCAGGUCUCUGUGAUCACCUAUCCAUCCCAGGACAUCAAGAGUUUUAUCAAUGAGACGUGGCUGCAGCGACACGGUGUGGCUCUCUCGCCAGACAGGCUGGCUGUGCUGUGGUCCUUCAUCAUCUCUAUCUACUGCCUGGGGGGUCUUCUGGGCUGUUUAUGGAGUGGAUCACUGGCCAUGAGAUAUGGAAAGUAUGGCUUUUCCUCAAGAGGAAGUUUUCAUGAUGGCCCCUUGUCUUAUAGAAAGAAAACUUUCAUUUGCAGCGAUUUUAUUAUAAUUGUGGGAGCUCUUCUUGUUGGUUCCAGUAAGAUGGCCAGGUCUUUUGAAAUUAUCCUGAUUGGCCGUUUCCUUUAUGGCAUUAGUGCAGGACUCUGCCUGAAUAUCCAUGGGCCCUAUCUCAGUGAAAUUUCCCCCAAGAAGUUCCGAGGCUUGGCCACCACUACAGCAGCAGUGUUUUUCUCCCUCGGAAAAGCUUUGGGGCAAAUCCUGGGCUUAAGAGACCUUUUAGGCACUGAGGCCCUGUGGCCCCUCCUGCUGGCCCUAUGUGGCUUCCCAGCCCUGCUGCAGCUGCUGCUGCUGCCAUUCUUCCCAGAAUCACCCCCGUACCUGCUGUUGCAAAGGAAGGAUGCUGACGCUUGCCGAAAAGCAAUGAAAGACCUCUGGGGUGAAAGACAUCAGCAAAUGGAAAUCGAGGAGGCACUGAAAGAGAUGACUAUUGCUGGCUCCAAGAACCUGAGUAUCUGGGAAGUGAUGAAGCAGCGCAGCUUGCGAUGGCCAUUGCUUAUCUCCAUUCUGCUGGUCACAAGUUUGCAGCUCUGUGGCCUGGGUGCAAUAUACUUCUAUGCUUUUGAAGUUUUCCGCACUGCCAGGCUGGAAGAGCUGGUCAUCCCUUAUGUCACUCUGGGCAUUGGUCUCUGCGAAUUUGCCUCUGUGCUCCUGUGCAGCUCCAUCAUUGACCGCCUAGGCCGGAGAGUUCUGCUGUGCGGCGGGUUUGGGAUGAUGGCCCUCACAUUGGCUCUCCUCGUCCUCACUCUGUCUCUCCAGGAUCAGUCUCCUUGGAUUUCAUACAGCAGCAUCGUCCUCAUCUUCCUCUUCAUAACUUUCUAUGGAAGUGGUCCAUCUGGUGCCAUCUUCUCUGUUAUGGUGGAGAUUUUCCGUCCUGAUGCAAGACCAUCCGCCCUGGCCCUGGCCGGCAUGUUCAGCUGGGCAGGCGUCUUUAUCAUUGGCAUAAGUUUUCCCUUUGUGGUGGAGGCCCUUGGUCACUACUGCUUUCUCGUUUUCUUUGGUGUGCUCAUCGGAAUGGGACUUUUCACCUACCUCUUCAUUCCAGAGACAAAGGGGAAGUCCAUCCUAGACAUCACAGAAGACCUCAACAGGAUCCCUCUAGGGAAGAGGCGCACAUUUCCUGCUCUGGAAAGCAGCUCUCCCCUCAGGAGCCAUGGCCUUUGCACCAAGUUAUGACCACAGCCCUGCAAGCCCUGCAAAGACAGACUUUGGUGCCCAAACCAAAUGUAGGGCUAAUACAAAGAAAACCACCAGGGUGAGGGAGGAGAGGGGUGGGGAAGAUGCUCCUGAUGGGAUCAAAGCAGCCAGAGGAGAAGGCCUUGCACGCUUCCCUCCUUCCAUCGGAGCUGGAAAGCUCCAGGCAUGACAGGUACAACUCUGGGUCAUAUGAAGCUUCCGGGGUCUAGCACAAAAGCCUUAACUUAAAAAAAAAAACCACGUAACAUCACAAUGUAUGUAUCCUAAAAUUAAAUAUAUUUAAGAUAUUAUUACCAUGUGAUUUUGGGGUAUUUAUGAGUGGAUGGGAUCGCUUUGACUUAAUAGAUGAAUUCUGACCAAGCCUUGACAUGAUAGAGGCAUUUAAUUCACCUUGCAGAGAUGUUGAUUCUGUCCUUAUAGCUUACAACAACCUGGGUGCAGGACUAAGAAAAGAAAAUUAGAUAUUUAAUUUAUAUUAAAGAAAUUUCUGAAAGAAUAAAAACAAUACAAAUUAUGAAAGAAAAAAGUAAGGGAAGUAAAUAAAAAUAAUAUGUAAAUGAAAAAAUGCAAAUAAAAAAUAGAGAAUAGAAAGAAAAGUUAUAGAGAAGUGGCUUCUGAUCUUAACAGCACAUAACAAGGACAUUUAUAUUUUACCUUCUCUCUCUCUAAGGUUGCCUGACAAAUGCCUUCUUUCCAUAAUUUGCCCUUUUAAAUGAUUAAAUAUAUAAAUCACAAGCUCAUUUUUUUCAUGUUUCAACAAAGAGUCCAUAAGAGGUUUCCAGUCACUAAUAGUUGUAAUUAUUGUCCUUUCUCUAAUCUAAGUCAUCUCUGCUAAUCCUGUCAUCUUCACCAGCCAUUCCUCCACUGUGGGCAUUUCAGAGUCUUUCGACAAAAACAAAAAACCCCUCCCCUGAUAAUAGGCCCUCCCUGAUUUUAUUCAUUCCCUGAGAAGAUGAUGGAUUUGCUUAAGGGGUGGGUUAUGGGAAGAGGAGAUAAUCUUUCACAAUUCCAGGAAAUUACUGGAAGUAAUUUCUUUAUAUAUUUCUGUUCUUUUUUUUAGCUCAUUCUUUCCUUUUUUCUUUCUUUGUACUUUUUAUUCUCUCUUUUUACUUUCUUUUCUUUCUUUGAGUUCAGUUUGUAUUAGUUUUUAUUAUAGUCACUAAAAUCAUCAGCAAUAAUUACAUAUUUAAAAAAAAGAAAGGAAAAAUUAGCCAAGAGCAAUCUGGACUUAGGCUUGGCCCAUCUACUAUUGAUAACUGUUUCAUUUUAUGUCACCUAGAAAAACAUGCAGCUAAGGGGGGCAAAUUGUUUACCCCACCUGCAGAGCGCAGAGCACCAUUUGACUCAAUGAACAGGGACCUUCUUGGGAAGCAACUGAUGGCGGUAAGGCAGAGAACCCAAAUGGCUCUCCUUGAUGAAGGCUCAAGCUCAGGCUGAUGGCUGUGCACAGGGGGCAGAGAGUUCUCUAACAGGGAGAAUUCACACCAAUAAAGGGGCCAGACAAGGAUGGAUAUUUGGUCCCAUUUGUUCAAUCUGUACAUUAAUAAUAUCCCAAAUGUCCUGCAUUCAACCCAUAUGCUUAUGCCUAAAGUUAAAAAAUAAAUAUCUCAACAAGCAA